ACGACGGGCAUGAUAUGGCGGAUUGACAGUCCGUGGAACUGUCAGGUUAGUUGGCUGACCGAGGCACUGCCUGACUGACUGACUGCCUGGAGAGAGUCCGCGUCCAUUGCCAAGUCCGCGUCCGUAAUCUCCGAAGCGAAAAGUCCUCGGCGCGUGCUUCUGGCCAAGAAUAAAAAACCAAAAUUGAAAUAAUAAUUGUGGGCCUGAGAGUUAUAAUUUUUUUGUUUGUUAAAUGUGGCAACUGUGAUAGAAAUAGCGCGAAUUUCGGUCUCCUCCUCCACCACCGAUAGCACCACCAAGGACCUCCUCGAACAUAACCCCUAGAAUCCACCACCCCGUCCUGCCAACCACCAAGAAAGACAAUAAACUACCGCUUGAUCCUGGGCCAGGAUGCGCAGCUUGAAUGAUUGACCGUCUUCAGAUACGCCGCUUGGGUGCAGCUGCUAGAAACAAACGAGCAGGAGGCGGAGGAGGAGGUGGAGGUGGAGGAACAGGAGCGGUAACACUAGCAGGCGGAACAGGAGGAUCAGGAGGAGUAGCAGGAACAGCAGCAGGAGCAGGAGCAGGAGCAGGAGGAGGAGGAGGAGCAGCAACAACUACAGCAGGAGGAACAACUGGACAGUCAACUGUCACUGGUAGUACUACUACUGGAAGUCACCACCAGCAUCAAUACCAUCAUCACUCCCAUCCCCAUACCCCAAGCGGCAUCAACACGCCCGCCACGGCUAGCACCAGUUCCUCCAGCGGCAACAGCCUGACCCCCCAGCAGCAGCAGCACCACCACCAGCAGCAGCAGCAGCAGCAGCCACAUCACCACCAGCAUCAUCACGCCCCCCACCAUCACGUUCACGCCCACGGCCACGGACAGCACCACCAUCAUCCCCAUAGCCAUCAUACCCACGGAGGCGGAGGCGGAGGCUACGGCGGACACUCGCAUCCCCAUCCCCCGUACACGCAUCCCCACCAGCAUCAGCACCGCGGCAGCCAGUUCAACUUUAAUCCAUCGCCGGGCAGCAGUCCUGGCAACGGACUGGGCGUGGUCGGACGCCAUCAGGAUGCGGCCAGUGCGCUCAACAGUCCCACGACCAUUGUGAACUCCGGCAGUGGCAGCGGCGGCGGCAGCAGCGUAGCCUUCGGGAUGCAGUCCGCCCUGCAACAGCAGUCGCUGGCCGGCGGCGGUUCCUCCGCUGGCACGGCGGCGGCAGCCUCAUCCGGACACAAUAACGGCGGUGGCGGAGCUGGCGGCGGCAUCGGUGUCGGAAUCGGGAUGGGCGCCUCAGCCAUGGGCGGGGGUGGUGGUGGUGGCCUGAACCUCUUGGGCGGCAUCGGCGGUCUGGGCGGAAUGGGUGGCAUGGGGGGCGGGGCAGCUGCUGCCGGGAUGGGGAUAUGUGGUGGCAUUAGUAGCACCGUCGGAUCAGCGGCCAUCACGGGCGUUCCACCCAUCGGCCUGGGCAUCGCCACCGGAAUCGGGAACAAGAUCAUGCUGGGCCGGAAGCAGAGCCUCAAGGGCGGUGAGCCCUUCCUCGCGGAUUACGGGCCGGAGGAGUCGCUGAACGAGAGCGCCGACAUCGAGUGGGUGAACAAGCUGUGGGUGCGCCGGCUGAUGCGACUCUGUGCCCUCGUCUCGCUGACCUCCGUCUCCCUGAACACGCCCAAGACCUUCGAGCGGUAUCCGUCGCUUCAGUUCAUCACCUUUGUCUCGGAUACGGCGGUCACGCUGCUCUUUACGGCGGAGAUGAUAGCCAAGAUGCAUAUCCGUGGUGUCUUGCAUGGCGAGGUGCCUUACCUGAAGGAUCACUGGUGCCAAUUUGAUGCUUCCAUGGUCAGUUUUCUGUGGAUCUCCAUCAUCCUGCAGAUCUUCGAAGUGCUGGAGAUAGUUCCCAAGUUCUCGUACUUGUCCAUUAUGAGGGCGCCUCGUCCUCUGAUUAUGAUUCGCUUCCUUCGGGUCUUCCUUAAGUUCAGUAUGCCAAAGAGUCGGAUCAAUCAGAUCUUCAAGCGAUCGAGUCAGCAAAUCUACAAUGUGACCUUGUUCUUCCUGUUCUUCAUGUCCCUGUACGGUCUUCUGGGAGUUCAGUUCUUCGGAGAACUGAAGAAUCACUGUGUGAUGAACAACACGAAAUACGAUGAGAAUGAUAUGCCCUUUCUGACCAUCAACUCCCUGGCCAUUCCGGACACAUUCUGCUCCAUGGACCCGGACUCGGGAUAUCAGUGCUCGCCGGGAAUGCGCUGUAUGAAGAUGGACUUCCUCAGCAGCUAUGUGAUUGGCUUCAAUGGCUUCGAGGACAUCGCCACCAGCAUCUUCACGGUCUACCAGGCAGCCUCUCAAGAGGGCUGGGUCUUCAUCAUGUACCGGGCCAUUGACUCGCUUCCGGCGUGGCGAGCCGCCUUCUACUUCAGCACGAUGAUCUUCUUCCUGGCGUGGCUGGUGAAGAACGUUUUCAUUGCGGUGAUCACGGAGACCUUCAACGAGAUCCGUGUCCAGUUCCAGCAGAUGUGGGGUGCCCGGGGCCAUAUCCAGAAGACGGCUGCCUCCCAGAUACUCAGCGGUAAUGAUUCCGGAUGGCGUCUGGUCACCAUCGAUGAUAAUAAGCAUGGUGGACUGGCGCCGGAGACGUGCCAUGCCAUCCUGCGAUCGCCCUACUUCCGGAUGCUCGUGAUGAGCGUGAUCCUGGCCAAUGGGAUUGUGACGGCCACGAUGACCUUCAAGCACGAUGGCCGGCCGAGGGAUGUCUUCUACGAGAGGUACUACUACAUCGAACUGGUCUUCACCUGCCUGCUGGACCUGGAGACGCUCUUCAAGAUCUACUGUCUGGGCUGGAGGGGCUACUACAAGCACUCCAUUCACAAGUUUGAGCUGCUCCUGGCGGCCGGAACGACGCUACACAUUGUCCCGAUGUUCUAUCCCUCCGGGCUGACCUACUUCCAGGUGCUGAGAGUGGUCCGACUGAUCAAGGCGUCGCCGAUGCUGGAGGGAUUCGUCUACAAGAUCUUCGGGCCGGGCAAGAAACUCGGAUCACUGAUCAUCUUCACCAUGUGCCUGCUGAUCAUCAGCUCGAGCAUCUCGAUGCAGCUCUUCUGCUUCCUGUGCGACUUCACCAAGUUCGAGUCCUUCCCGGAGGCGUUCAUGAGCAUGUUCCAGAUCCUCACCCAGGAGGCCUGGGUGGAGGUCAUGGACGAGACGAUGAUCCGCACCAGCAAGACCCUGACGCCCCUGGUGGCCGUUUACUUUAUACUCUACCAUCUGUUCGUCACCCUCAUCGUGCUCAGUCUGUUCGUGGCGGUCAUCCUCGAUAACUUGGAGCUGGACGAGGACAUCAAGAAGCUCAAGCAGCUCAAGUUCCGGGAACAGAGCGCCGAGAUCAAGGAGACUCUGCCCUUUCGCCUCCGUAUCUUCGAGAAGUUCCCCGACUCUCCCCAGAUGACCAUCCUACAUCGCAUCCCCAAUGACUUCAUGCUGCCCAAGGUGCGGGAGAGUUUCAUGAAGCACUUCGUUAUUGAGCUGGAGACGGAGGACCCAUCACUGGUGGAGAACUGUAAGCGUCCGAUGUCCGAGUGCUGGGAGUCCAAUGUAGUCUUCCGGAAGCAGAAGCCCGUGAGGAUCAUGAACAAGACCGCCAAGGUGCGGGCAGCGGGAAGUAGUCUUCGGAAGCUAGCCAUCACACAUAUUAUCAAUGACAGCAACAACCAGAGACUGAUGCUGGGCGACUCCGCCAUGCUCCCGGUGGUGGGCACAAAGGGCGGCGGCGGCCUCAAGUCCCAGGGCACCAUCACCCACUCGAAGCCGUGGCGCGUCGACCAAAAGAAGUUCGGCUCCCGCUCCAUCCGCCGCAGCGUCCGAUCCGGUUCCAUCAAACUGAAGCAGACGUACGAGCACCUCAUGGAGAAUGGUGACAUUGCCGCUGCCCCGCGGGCUAAUUCUGGACGAGCACGGCCCCAUGACCUGGACAUCAAGCUGCUCCAGGCCAAGCGCCAGCAGGCGGAGAUGCGUCGGAAUCAGCGCGAGGAGGAUCUGCGCGAGAAUCAUCCCUUCUUCGAUACGCCCCUGUUUCUGGUGCCGCGCGAGAGUCGCUUCCGUAAGAUCUGCCAGAAGAUCGUCCACGCCCGCUAUGAUGCUCGGCUGAAGGAUCCUCUGACCGGCAAGGAGCGAAAAGUCCAGUACAAGAGCUUGCAUAACUUCCUGGGCCUAGUCACGUACCUGGACUGGGUGAUGAUCUUCGCCACGACACUGUCCUGCAUCUCGAUGAUGUUCGAGACGCCCAGUUACCGGGUGAUGGACCAUCCGACACUCCAGAUCGCCGAGUAUGGCUUUGUGAUCUUCAUGAGCCUGGAACUGGCCCUCAAGAUCCUGGCCGACGGGCUGUUCUUCACACCGAAGGCCUACAUCAAGGAUGUGGCUGCCGCCUUGGACGUGUUCAUCUAUGUGGUGUCCACCUCGUUUCUGUGCUGGAUGCCCCUCAACAUUCCAACCAAUUCGGCGGCCCAGCUACUGAUGAUCCUGCGCUGUGUGAGACCACUGAGGAUCUUCACGCUGGUGCCGCACAUGCGGAAGGUGGUGUACGAGUUGUGUCGCGGCUUCAAGGAGAUCCUCCUCGUAUCCACCCUGCUCAUCCUCCUGAUGUUCAUCUUCGCCAGCUAUGGAGUUCAGCUUUAUGGCGGUCGUCUGGCCCGUUGUAACGAUCCGACCAUCACCCGGCGGGAGGACUGCGUGGGAGUCUUUAUGCGACGCGUCUUUGUUACCAAAAUGAAGUUAACUCCGGGUCCGGAUGAGUCCUAUCCGGCGAUGUUGGUGCCACGGGUGUGGGCGAAUCCGCGACGUUUCAAUUUCGAUAAUAUUGGAGAUGCCAUGCUGACACUUUUUGAGGUAUUGUCCUUCAAGGGAUGGCUGGAUGUCCGAGAUGUCCUCAUCAAGGCAGUGGGACCGGUACACGCCGUCUACAUCCACAUAUACAUCUUCUUGGGAUGUAUGAUCGGCCUGACCCUGUUCGUUGGCGUGGUUAUUGCCAACUAUUCGGAGAACAAGGGCACUGCCCUGCUAACCGUCGACCAGAGACGAUGGUGCGAUCUGAAGAAGCGUCUGAAGAUCGCCCAGCCGCUGCACCUACCCCCUCGACCCGACGGACGGAAGAUUAGGGCCUUCACCUACGACAUCACCCAGCACAUCAUCUUCAAGAGGGUCAUCGCCGUGGUGGUUCUCAUAAACAGUAUGCUGCUCUCGAUUACGUGGAUCAAGGGAGAGGUGCAUACGGAACGCCUGGUGAUCGUCAGUGCGGUAUUGACCUUUGUCUUUGUGGUUGAGGUGGUGAUGAAGAACAUUGCCUUUACACCCCGCGGCUAUUGGCAAUCUAGGCGCAAUCGCUAUGACCUACUGGUCACCGUUGCCGGUGUCAUUUGGAUAAUUCUGCAGACGAUUCUGCGGAACGAUCUGUCCUACUUCUUUGGAUUCAUGGUGGUCAUCCUGCGCUUCUUCACCAUCACCGGCAAGCACACCACACUGAAGAUGCUCAUGUUGACCGUGGGCGUGUCUGUAUGCAAGUCCUUCUUCAUUAUUUUCGGCAUGUUUCUGCUAGUCUUCUUCUAUGCGCUGGCCGGGACCAUACUCUUUGGAACUGUCAAAUACGGCGAAGGUAUAGGGAGGAGGGCGAACUUUGGAUCACCCGUAACCGGAGUGGCGAUGCUCUUCCGGAUAGUGACCGGAGAGGAUUGGAAUAAGAUCAUGCACGACUGUAUGGUGCAGCCGCCGUACUGCACCCUGGGGGACAACUAUUGGGAGACGGACUGUGGCAACUUCACAGCCAGCCUCAUAUAUUUCUGCACUUUCUAUGUGAUAAUUACGUAUAUUGUGCUCAACUUACUUGUGGCUAUUAUCAUGGAGAACUUCUCCCUCUUCUAUUCGAAUGAAGAGGACGCCUUAUUAUCCUAUGCGGAUAUACGAAAUUUCCAGAAUACCUGGAACAUAGUGGACAUCCAUCAAAGGGGAGUGAUACCCGUACGGCGGGUCAAGUUCAUCCUGCGUCUGCUCAAAGGACGACUGGAGUGUGAUCCUCAAAAGGACCGGCUCCUGUUCAAGUACAUGUGCUAUGAGCUGGACAAGCUGCACAAUGGCGAGGAUGUUACCUUCCACGAUGUGAUCAAUAUGCUGAGCUAUCGUUCGGUGGACAUACGGAAGGCACUCCAGUUGGAGGAGUUGCUGGCGCGGGAGGAGUUCGAGUACCUGGUGGAGGAGGAGGUGGCCAAGAUGACCAUUCGCACGUGGCUGGAGGGCUGCCUCAAGAAGAUACGGGCACAAAAUGCCAGCAAACAACAAAACUCAUUGAUAGCCGGACUGAGGGCCACCAACGAGCAGCCAGUUAUGCGUCCGAAUAUCCAGGAGGACAAGACGCCGCUGGGGGCGGCGGAGAAGUCGGCCAUCAGUACGAUCAGUGGAGCCGUUUCCGGCGCCUGUCCGCCCACCAGCGACGCCUUCUCGCCGACCUUCAGCUCCACGGAGAACGAGGAGAAGGAGGCCAGCAGCAGUGCAGCGGUGCCUCAUUCGGAGCCACUGACAGGGAUAGGAAUUGGUGGCACCACCACUACGGUGGCAGUGGCAGGGACGACGAUGGCUGAGAGGGGAACCGCCACGGCGACAGCUGCCCGGCAUGUGAUGACGAUGGGGAAGCGGGGCUAUGCCCUGAACCGAUCGGACUCCACGGGCAGUUCGGCGGGCAGGAAGUUCCUCGCCCCCACCUCCAGUGAUCCCCAGCAGCGGUCGACGCUGAGCGACAAGGAGCGGCUCCACAUCAGUAGUCAGCAGCGGAAGAAGAACUCGAUGACGACCCUCCCGCAUGCCGGACAGCUUGGUCAGCUGGCGAAGCAGAGGGGGGCGGGCGUCGGAAUGGCAGGAGGAGGAGGAGGAGUAGGAGGAGCAGGAGGAGCCGGAGUCGGAUCUGGAGGAGAGGCGAGCAAGUCGGCCAGCUUCUUCGCCAGCGAGAUUGGCCAGUUCCACUAUCCGACAAUAAACGCGGCAGCUGCCGCGGCAGCCGCUCUCCACGGACAUGGCCAUCAUGGACAUGUCCACGGGCAUGGACAUGGUCACGGGCAUGGACACGGCAUCGGCAUCGAUGCACUGCAUCAUCACCAUCACCACGGUGUCCUGGGCAGCCCAUCGGCGAUGAUGAGCCAGGUGAUCGGCGGCAGUGGCAAGCAGCAGCCGUUCAACAAUCAGGCUAAUGUGGUCUACGAGGUCCAUGACUGGUGGCAGGAGCAGGUCCUCUGCACCCAGACCAGUGACGAUGAGAUCUAGCCUAGAAGGAGCUAGGGAAGCUAGAGUAGGGAGUAGAGGUAGCAAGAAGGAAGGAUCAAGGAUCAGGAAGCCUAUUAACAUUAUCAACUAGUGGCCUAGACUUUUGUAAUUUGCCUAAAACAGAACGAAUGUAAAUGCCAAGGCCUCGAAAUGGUUAACACUUACGAUAGAGGAAAUGAAACAAUUUAAUCCAUGAAUAUAUAAUAUAAAUCAUAAAAUUAUAUAAAAAUAUAUAUAUAUAUAAAGAUAGAGAAAAACAGAAAAUCAGAUCCAGAUUAACAAAUCCCAAUGAGGGAAAGUAAUAUUAGUAUCUACGUUUUGUUGUUGUUUGCGUAUUAGAUGGAAUUAUGAUCAGUCGGUAUAACUUUGUUAUAGCUUAAAUAUAUAGAUAUAUAUAUAUAUGGAUAUAUAUUAUAUAUAUGAUAUAUAUAUACCGCAUAUGGAGUGCAUAUGUCUUACGUAUAGUGCAAAUUUAUAAGCGCGCCUCAUUGAAUUUCGUAACUUGCCAAAAAAAACAAAAAAAAAAAUAUAUAUAUAUUAAAAAAUGAAUAUAACGAAUAUGUAGCUGAUUAUAGCCGAGAAUGAAACGAAAUAGCCAAGUUUAUAUACCACAAUUACUAGUCUAAGAGCUACACCAACUAAAACGAGAUGCCUAUGAAGAUAUUUUGUGGAAAGUAAUAACGACAACGGCACAAAUUAAUAUUAAAAGUUAUUAUUGUAAUGAUAAUAGAGGUCGAGAGAGAGCAACCCAUUCAAUGUGACCCGAAACAAAACAACCCAAAAGCGUAAUAAAAAUCGUUGAAAUUGCAGAACGUUUUAA